AUGCGCAAUUUGGUCUCUCAACAGGUCAGAUACAGUUCACACGCUCCCGUAUCGCAUACGCUCGCCACGCACAACUAUCCUUCGGCCCUCAUAGCUCAAGAAGCUGGCGUGGACAUAAUACUGGUUGGGGAUUCGCUAGCUAUGGUAUCUUUGGGCAUGGCAGACACAUCAGAAGUGACUCUGGAUGAGAUGGUUGUACAUGCUCGAGCCGUCGCUCGCGCUGCAGCCAGGUCCUUUACUAUUGGUGAUCUACCCAUGGGUUCAUAUGAAAUCAGUCCCAAGCAAGCUCUAGCCAGCGCAAUCCGUAUGGUCAAAGAGGGUCGUAUGCAGGCCGUCAAGCUAGAGGGAGGACAAGAGAUGGCCGAGACAAUCCACAAGAUAACUUCUUCUGGUAUACCAGUGUGUGGUCACGUCGGGUUGACCCCACAACGACAGCACGCUCUUGGUGGUUUCAAAGUUCAGGGCAACACGGUCGGGAAAGCCUUGAGCUUGCUGCGGGAUGCUCAAGCUGUUCAGGAUGCUGGUGCUUUCUGCAUAGUGCUGGAAUGUGUACCUCAGGAUAUUGCCGAAGUGGUCACCCAGGCUCUCAAAGUGCCUACCAUCGGUAUAGGUGCUGGUAACAAGACCAGUGGUCAGGUACUCGUCCAAAUCGAUAUGCUGGGCACUCGACCUCCAGACGCAUUCAUGCCCAAAUUCGUGAAGAAAUAUGGCGACGAAUGGACAUCGAGCCUGAACGGCAUCAAGCAGUACAAGGAAGAAGUGACCAGUCGCGCCUAUCCUGCUCCAGAGCACAACUACAAGAGUGAUCCCAAGGUCACCGAAGCCCUCAAAGCCCACAUCCGUGAAUUCAUGGAACCAAACCAAGCUGAGUCGUAG